UGAUCCAUUUCCGCCCCCAGGGAAUAAAGGCUCAGUGCCGGCCAGUUCUGCUCUGGAGCUCACCUGCCUCUCUGAGCCCCCAGCCGACUGGCUUGUGCCUCCCCCAGGAUGGACACGUGGACGGUGCUGCUCGUCCUGCAAGCCUCGUUGGUUCUCCCCCUGGUGCUCCCCUGGGCUGCCGGCAUCAGUACCAACACCCGCACCGCCCCCGCCCCUGUCCUGCGCUUCGUUGCCGUGGGUGACUGGGGAGGGGUCCCCAAUGCCCCGUUCCACACAGCCCGGGAAAUGGCCAAUGCCAAGGAGAUCGCCAGGACCGUGCAGCUCCUGGGCGCAGACUUCAUCCUGUCCCUGGGGGACAAUUUCUACUUCACUGGCGUGCAGGAUGCCAACGACAAGAGGUUCCAGGAGACCUUUGAGGACGUGUUCUCUGCCUCCUCACUCCGCAACGUGCCCUGGUACGUGCUGGCUGGCAACCACGACCAUCUGGGGAACGUCUCGGCACAGAUAGCCUACUCCAGGAUCUCCAAGCGCUGGAACUUCCCCAGCCCUUACUACCGCCUGCGCUUCAAGGUCCCACGGUCCAACGUGUCCGUGGCCAUCUUCAUGCUGGACACGGUGGCACUGUGUGGCAACUCGGACGACUUUGCCAGCCAGCAGCCCGAGAGGCCCCGCAACCUGGCGGUGGCCCGCACGCAGCUGGCCUGGAUCAAGAAGCAGCUGGCGGCGGCCAAGGAGGACUAUGUGUUGGUGGCCGGCCACUACCCUGUGUGGUCUGUCGCCGAGCACGGGCCCACCCACUGCCUGGUCAAGCAACUGCUGCCGCUGCUGACCACGCACAGGGUCACUGCCUACCUGUGCGGCCACGAUCACAACCUGCAGUACCUUCAGGAUGAGAAUGGCGUGGGCUUUGUGCUGAGCGGGUCCGGGAACUUCAUGGACCCCUCCAAGAAGCACCUGCGCAAGGUCCCCAACGGCUACCUGCGCUUCCACUACGGGGCCGAGAACUCACUGGGUGGCUUCGCCUACGUUGAGAUCAGCCCCAAAGAGAUGAGCAUCACUUACAUCGAGGCCUCGGGCAAGUCCCUCUUCAAGACCAAGUUGCCAAGGCAAGCCAGGUCUGAGUACCAGCACCGACAGGGGCUCCACGCUGGGGCCUGAGUUAGGGGCGCCUCCCUGCUGGUGGGCGGGUGGGCCCCGCUGGGACCCCCUGCCCAUGGGCAGGCUUUCUCAAGGGCCGGUGGUGCUACGGCAGAGCAGGAAGGAGAAGGACAGAUGAGAAACUGUGGUGCCACAUGGCCUUUGUGACAAGGAUGCCCACAUACGUGAAAGAAGCAUGGACACGUGUUCUGGCCAGAGUGCCAGGCCCCUUGGCCAGGCUCGCCCGGCCUGAGUUCCGGGCAUUGGGGGACAGGGAGGGAAAGCCCUCCCCUGGAUCAGGCAUCCUUCUGUCACUGCCAAAUAGUCAAUAAAAAAAAUAGUUGCAAAGGCU